AUGUACCUCACAUUAUCCCUUUUUAUUUUGUUACUUUCAUUGAAUGUUUGCACUUCUCGCAUUCUUGUAGAACUUGAAGAGGAGUCCAGCACCCACAUCAACAUUUCUGAAAAGGUGUCAAAGAAUGUGGAGAAAGAACCUUUAGAAACAAAAACAGAAAACAUCAAAGUUAAGAACAAUAUUGGAGUUGUCCAAGUGCAACACAUGAAACAAGAGUUUUCAAGGCAUGUUCCAAGAAAAUCAGGUGUUUCAGUUUCUUUGUCAAUGCCUCAGAGAAAAGAGGGCAAAAAUCCAGGAUUUUAUUCGGAUUAUUCUAGACCAAGGACACGCCCUCCCUCCCACAACUGA